AAUGGGGAUUUGUGGUGAAAGGAAGGGAAAGAGGGAGGGACAGAAGAGACACUCUCAUGUUUUCCUUGCUCAUUUGAGUAGAGGAAGGGGAGGUCCAGUUUGUGUCAUAAAUCCAUGUAUCCAAGUCAGUGAGGAAGAGAAGAAAGACAGCGAUAUUUAACCAUCAAAUAUGCAAUGAGGCAGAUGAACGCAGGCCACAACAAGGACUGAAUGACAGGACUGGUGUGAAGAUUAAGACUAUAUUUAGUAUCAGGAGUGAGCUUUGUGACAUUCAGACAGCUUUUACCACCACACUUCACUAAAGGCACCUGGUGAAGGUUCAACGGGAGCUGCACUUUUCUCUCAAGACUCAGGAAGACCUGAGUCGUCGCCCUUUGAUUCACGCUGACAAGCAGUCAUGAGCUCCUUCGUGUAUGGCUGUGUCAUUGACUUCUUCACCUACGAGACCACCAAGUCUGUGGUGGUCAAGAGCUGGUCUGUGGGCAUCAUCAACCGGAUCGUACAGCUUCUCAUCAUCACAUAUUUUGUCGGCUGGGUCUUCAUCCAUGAGAAAGCUUAUCAGAUAUCUGACACCAACAUUGAGUCCUCUGUGAUGACCAAAGUAAAAGGUUUUGGUCACCAUAACAACCGUGUCAUGGAUGUGGCUGACUACGUCUAUCCCCCACAGGGUGCAGGUGUGUUCUGCAUCAUGACCAGAGUCCUCAUCACUGAAAAUCAGUUCCAAGGAAAAUGCGCAGAGACUAAUAAGAUGUUCAGUUGUGACACAGAUGAAGAUUGCCACAAGUAUUUUGGUUCCAUCCUCUCCAAUGGGGUUAUAACAGGUAUUUGCCUUAAGUCCUCUGAUGGCUCCAAGGGUCAGUGUGAGAUUGAAGGAUGGUGUCCAGCCGAGAGCGACAAACAUACAGUCACGCCGAUGCUGCAAGUGACAAACUUCACCAUUUUCAUCAAAAACAGCAUUCGCUUCCCACUGUUUGAUGUCACCAGGGGGAACUUUCCUUCCGAUAUGACGUCCAAGCAGAUCAAGAGCUGUAACUACCACCCAGUGACUAACCGCUUCUGCCCCAUCUUUCGGGUUGGGGACGUGCUGAACUAUACUGGGCAGACUGUGGAAAACCUGGCAGAAAAGGGUGGAGAAAUAGGAAUAAACAUUGAGUGGAAGUGUAACUUGGACCUGAACAUUGAUAAAUGUGUGCCCAAUUACUCUUUCACACGACUGGAUGCACCAUUUGACAAGAAUGCCGUCUCUAAAGGAUACAACUUCAGAUUUGCCAAACAUUUCAAGACAGACAAUGGGACUGAAUUUCGGACACUUCACAAAGCAUUUGCAAUCCGCUUUGAUGUUAUGGUCACUGGAAGUGCAGGAAAGUUUAACACCAUCCCAACACUGAUCAGCCUGGUAGCUGCUUUCACAUCUGUUGGACUGGGUACGGUUCUGUGUGACGUGAUUUUACUGAACUUCCUGAAGGGGGCAGACCAGUAUAAAGCCAAGAAAUUUGAAGAGGUAAUGUGUCUGAACGCUCAGAUAAAGGCGUCCCUCACUCAGAGCCCAGGCAGCCAGCUCUCACUCAGGACAGGUAUCAAGAGUUCCUAUGACUCUGGAGCCAUCUCCCUUUCUACCUGUGACCAGCCUGUCUGACUGACUACAACAACAACAGCCAUCUGAAGAAAUGAACGUUCCCCUUUCUCUCUCUUUCUGUUUUCCUUACUGACUUGCACGAGAUUGUUUCUACCUUUUCUGGAUCCUACAGUCAGUUUUAAGUUUGGCAAGUUUAUGGAAAUGGGUAAAGGAGGACAACCAGCUUCAUGAUGUCGCAACUAGAAAUGGGAGUCAGAAGUAAACUAAUGUCAUUAAAUUCAGAGGGAAACAUACAGUAAUAAAAAUAUUAUUUUAUUAUGAGCUGUUUCUUUUUACAGCAUUUUAACUACAAUAAACUGUACCCUUAUGUUAAAGAUAAUUAAGUAAAUUAUUAUUAAGGCUAAAUAAAUCCUGCUCUUAUUUCUAGUUAGCUUUGCUCAGAUGAGCCAUAAUUUAAAAAAAAAAAAAAAAGUGUCAAUAUGAGAAACACUGCUGAGAAUAAAACUAUUUGCGUUACAUCUUUAGAGUAUUUCUCUUUGUCGU